GCGAGCUGGAAGCGGCCCUCAAACGUACAAUGGACACGAAGGAUGUCGCAGAUCUUGACAAGCUGAAGGGCCAUCUGCGAGACGUGCUGCUAGAUGCGAACGAGUCUGGCCAAGUGCUGGACAUUCUAGCACAGCCGUCCGGCAGGGAGAUGAUCAAGAUCUCCAGGCCAGAGAAGCCAGAGGCAACGGAGGAGAUCGAGAAGUUGAAAGCGAAUCUGAAGAGUCUUCUCCUGGAUGCCAACGAGUCCGGCAGAGUGCUUGCAGUCUUGCAAGAGAUGUCAGCAGAGAAGGCCGAGGAAGUCGGCGCGCAGAAGGCCUUGGAGGAGGUUUCCGAGAUGGAACAACUGAAGCAGCGCAUGAAGGCUGCGCUCUUCGACGCUGAGGGGCAAAGUGAUUGCAUGAUUCCAGGACUUUGCGUGCCUAGCAAGGUGAAUGCCCAGGCGAAGAUGCAGGAGGGCCUGAGGAACGGGCUGCUGCAGCAGGGUUUGGAGAAGGUCAUGCAAAAGGGGGAUGUGAAAGAGACAAAAGACAGGCUUCGCGAGACGAUGAACGAGUCGGCUGAACGACACGGGCUUGUGCUUGCAGCCGACUCAAUCGCCCUCGAAGAGCUUAGCGCCAUCAAGGGCAGGAUGAAAGAUAUCAUGAUGAAGGCCGCCGAGACUGGGACCUUGGCAAAAGAGUUGGAGAAGCUUCUCGAGAGCGUGGCUGCGGAGCGACCUCCCGGGAUUCCAGGCCCGAACGACCUCGGAGCCUUGGGCGAAAAGCUGCGAGGAGUUCUCGAAGAGGCGUCAGACACUGGAAAGCUGGAGGAAGCCCUGCAAUUGCUGCGAGAGGAGCAGGAGGAGACGAUGAAAAAUGCCCCCAAAGAUGAUUUGGAGGCAGUCCGCAGCAACCUUUGCACGGUCGUGGAAGAUGCCGUCGACUCUGGAAAAUUGGCCGCUGCCUUGGAUGCUCUUCGGAGUUACGGCGAACCACAGCCCUCCGAUGCGGCUGCAUCGGACCAGAUCGCGGUCAUCAAGGCGAAGUUCAGAAGGCUCUUGAAGGAAGCCUUAGAAUCUGGCAUGCUGGCGGCUAAAGUCGGGAUCCUGAAGCCGCCCGGCAAGGUCCCCGCUCCGCCACAGGGGGAACCACCGCAUGAGAUGGAGCUCAUGAAAGCCCACUUGCGUGAGGCUCUGCAACAUGCGGCAGAGUGCCUUGGAGAUGAACGGUACUUGUAUCACCAGAGGGCGCGAGAGAGCUACGAACAGUGCGGGCAGCUGGCAGAAGCCUUGGCCUCUGCACGCAGCCUGGAAGGUCCCGAGCGAAGUGCAGAUGUGGAAGCUACGGCUGUGAAGCUGCGGGGAGUGUUGGCAGAGGCAGGAGACCUGGCUGAGUUCGACGGGUUCGGUCUCAUUCGUGUUGAGGCGGCUCUCUGUGGCCGCUUGGAAGAGACACUCAAGGCCCUUCAGAAGGACGAUGGCAGCCCUGCCGAGCCACUCCCAGCAGAGGCAGCCGCCGGAAAAGCUCCAGAGGUGGCGCCCGAGGCCACAGCAACGAAUGAGGAGCUGUCAACAGACGAGGUUGCCGAGCAACCUCCCGGGAUGGAGCAGGCAGCGUCGGAACUAGAAUGCCUGCGUGGACGACUUCGCAAUAUUCUGGAGGUUGCCCUAGAGAAGGGCAACUUGGAGCAGGCAGUUCAGGUUGCGGUCGAGCGUCAGAGCCCGGCGCAUGCCCGCUCCGAAGCUGCAGGAGGAAGCGAGCAGGCAAUGGCCGGACUGCAGGUAGAAGUCGACGAGAUUCGAAGAGAGGGCCGAGAGCUGCUGCUGACAGUGGACAGGCUCUUUUCCGAGAUGCAGGAGCUGCAGCAGGCGAACCUUCGUUUGGCGCAGCGCCUUGAUCUUGCCGGAAGCCCACAUCGACGACAGGCAGCUGCCGCCCUGCAACAGCAACAGCCAGAAAUGACCGAGGAGCAGGCACUCGCGAUGCUUCCGCGGGAAGGAGAUCUGCCCGGCCUGCAGGCUCAAGUUGGCAGGAUGAGGGAGGAGAGUCAAUCGCUGCGCUCGACCGUUGAUCGGCUGACGCGUGAGAUGGAGGAGCUCAAGAGGAUCAACGAUGACUUGGCUGCUAAAGUGGAUGACGCCAACAUGCCAGAUCCAUGA